AUGUUAGAGGCUGGAGGUAAUGUGGUAACUUGGGAGCAGUUUAAAGAUGCAUUUUAUGAGCAGUUCUUUCCUGAUUCAGUUCGUUUUGAGAAACAACGAGAGUUCCGUAGCAUCCGCCAAGGAAAUAGAACUGUAAUGGAAUAUGAUCAUCAUUUCACUGAGUUGGCUCAGUUCUCUCCACAUAUUGCUUUUAAUGAAAAUCAAAGAGCUCAUCAUUUUGAGAGGGGACUUCGAUCAUCAAUUAGAAAGUUCGUUGCAGUACUGAUUUUACCAACAUAUGCUGAAGUGUUAAAUAGAGCUUUGGUGGUAGAGAAAUUGGAUAAUGAAUUACAACAAGCAAAGGAUCGAAUGCGACCUUUUAGUGCUGCACCAUUUACGUAUGGGGAAUCACAUUCUAGACCCUCAAAGAAAGGCAAAGGCAAACAGUUUGGGCAUCAACGUGUAUGUUUUUAUUGUCAACAACCAGGGCACAUGUCGAAUGACUGCCCUCGGAAGCAACAUCAACGCCGAGCUCCACCCCAAACAACUGGACAACAACAGCUACGACCCAGAGAGGAAGGACAGGCAAGAGUCUACGCACUGACUCAUCAAGAUGCUGAAGCCUCAGGAUCUAUUAUUAAAGGUAUCAUCAUACUCUGUGGUGUGCCAGCAUCUGUGCUUAUUGAUUCUGGUUCUACGCAUUCUUUUAUAUCACCUUGUUUUGCUAUGAAACUGCAUAAGAAUCGUGAGACAAUGAAUAAUGCAUUAAUG